AUGGCGAAAAAGUGCGUGCACAAGGGCUGCGGCAAGACAUACGAAGACGAGAACGAGGAGUGCGUCUACCAUUCCGGACCGCCAGUCUUCCAUGAGGGGCAGAAAGGCUGGAAAUGCUGCAAACCCCGCGUCCUGACCUUUGACGAGUUCCUCGAAAUCGAGCCCUGCACAAAGGGCACUCACACCGACGUCGACGACACACCGGCACCAGAACCUGCCCAGGCGCCUGAGGUCCCCAAUGGCACACAAGUCAACCUUGGCUCGUUGGAGGAAUCGCUGCCAACGCCCGCUCCUCGUCUUCCUACCGCACAGGCCGCCCCUCGUCCACCAGUCGCAGAAGCUCCGCCGCCAGAGUCAGAGGACGAUGACCCAAGCCUCGCGCUCAAGGAAGGCAUGACCUGCAGGAGGAAGGGCUGUGGUCAGACACACAAUGGUGGAGAUAGGGAAGGGGAGAAGUGUGUACAUCACCCUGGCGCUCCAAUCUUCCACGAAGGCAGCAAGGGAUGGAGUUGCUGCAAGAGACGGGUGCUGGAGUUUGAUCAGUUCAUGAACAUCGAAGGAUGCAAGACAAAAGAGAGGCAUCUCUUCGUGGGGAGUGGUAAGAAGGGCAAGGAGGGUGGAGAGGAAAAGUUGGAGACUGUGAGACAUGACUUCUACCAGACCGCCACUUCCGUGGUCGCCUCACUGUUCCUCAAGAAGAUCGACAAGUCCACUGCAGUUGUCGACUUUCAACCUACCCAAGUAGAUCUCGACCUACGGACAACAGACAACAAACGUUACCAGACCCAGCUUCCACUCUUCGCCAGCAUCGAUCCAAAGGAAAGCAAGUUCAGGAUCUUGGGCACCAAGCUGGAGAUGACGCUCGCAAAGGCAGACGGUACCAGCUGGCCAGUAUUGAGGAGUGACGACAAGCUUACGGGUGAGAUACUUCAGGUGGGACGAGCAGGAAGAGCGUGA